AUUCUAUGUAUUUAUAAUACAAACUUUAAUGUUUUUAAAUAAAAUCCUGUAUUAUAAAAAUACAGUGAAACUUCCAUAUAACGAAGUCGAAUAAACAGCCAAAAAAAUUCGUUAUAUAGAGGAAAUCGUUAAAUAGAAUUACGUUAUAAAUUUAAUUAUGUAUGUAUGUAAAAAACAACAUCAAAUAUCAUAUUACAGUUUAAUUUAAUUUUUAACCUUAAAUAUAAUUUAAAAGAAAUAAUCUGUAAAUUUUAUUUGCUUAUUAUUAUUGAAAAUUGUCCUUCUUUUGUAAAAAAGUUUCUAUAUCGUCAAUUUUUAAAAAAUUUCUUCGGGAACAUUUGCUUCUUGUCUAAAACCAUUUCUUACCACUGAUAAAGCGUUUAAUAUGUCUUCUUCUGUAAGUUUGGAUUGUUCUACUAAAUGUUCCUCUUCGUCGUCUUCUUCUUCAAAUUCAUCAGGUUUUUCUUUUUUUCUAACCUCUUCUACAAUAUUUUCUUUAGUAGGUGAUUCAUAUACGGCGAUAUCUUCAUCAAUUUUCAAAUAAUCUUGUAAGGUAACGCCAUCGCAGUGGACUAACCUCCAUUCUCGUUGUACAUCUAGUAUUUCAAUAUCGGUUUCAAUAAUUUCCGUCCAGAGCUUGCACGAAAAUCGAUAAAACCAAAUUUCUAAGCAAAAUAAAUUGCUUUUUCUUUGAUUAACGAACCUGAUAUAGGCAGAUUGUUAUUUCGUAUACAAGUCAUCCAUUUAAGAACAGCGUUAUCAACUUCUUCAUAGACACAAAUUUUCAUUCGUUUUCUAUUGCUGAGGAGAGAAGAAUUUUAUUAACAGUGAAAAUUCGGUGCACAUAAAUUACACCUUGCGUAAAACCGUCUAUAAACCGGUAUUACUAGCAGAGUAUCCCACAGUGUGACAUAGCAAAAUAUCUAGGAAUGUUCCUGGACUCUCGGCUCAACUGGAAGAAUCACGUUAGACAGAAAAACUGCAAAUUAAGAAGAAAAUGUGACAACGAUAUUGGCUGGUCAAAAAACAUUCCGAACUAGAGCUCACAAACAAAUGCCUCUUGUAUGUAAUGAUAAUUAAAUCAAUAUAGACUUAUGGAAUUCAACUGUGGAGUUGUGCCAGCAAGUCCAAUAUUGAGAUUAUACUACGUAGCCAGAACAUCCCUCUUCGUACCAUUGUCGCAGCUUACAGGUAUGACAAAAACGACAUUAUCCACUUUUUUUUUUCAUUAUCAGUUAUCAUGAUAAUUUAACAGUUAUCAGUUACAACUAAUAUUAUCACCUAUAGGGAUUAUCAGUUAUCAUUAUCAGUUACCACUAACAUAAUUGGAUACGCGGAGCCACCGCAAACCGCCGCCCCUCCCCGUAUCCGACACUAUAUAUGCACAAACAUACUAUCACCGCACGAGUGUGUUCGCAGGUAUUUUUAGUUAUCAUUAUCAGUUACCGCUAAUAUUAUCAUAUAGGUACUCAAAAACAAUAAUUAUCUCGAUUUUUAUUAUCGUCCGCGUCUUCGAACGUCGAAUCGGUAUAUAAUAUAAUACAUAACAGAUGUUUUCAUCGGCCGGUCGCCGAGUGUAAUUGUCGCGAUAAUGAUAACUGAUAAUGAAAAAAAAAAAGUGGGCGUGGUCUAAAUAGGUCGAGUACGUGGUGGACAAAUCGGGCAGCCAUGUCAAAGUAUAGCUCCUGCUCACCCUUGCUCUUUGAUCCUUGAUUCUGCUCCUGCUCCUGAGAUAGAACCGCUCUUUCUCUUUUUUUUUUUAAAUAAAUAUCAUUUAAUAAAAUGUAUGAAGCAUAUUAUGCAAUUAUUUUAUCACGAUUUAAAUAGUAAAAAUACAAAACAUAAAAGUGUAUUUUGAAAAUGGUUCUUAGGUUAUGACCAUUAAUUAUAGCUAUUUUUUAUCAUUGUGUUUAAUUCUUGAAUCUAGUCAUUAUUGUUUAAAGAGAUAUUAUCUAGUCUGUGCAGUAUUUAUUUAAAAUAUGCUAAUUUUUGUUAGUGAGAAUGACUAGAUUGAUAAGUUAUAAUAGCAUAAGUUUCCGUAGGUUUUAUAUAAUUAUUAAUNACGCGACACGGCAGUUAAGCAGUUCGCGGGCUGUAUUCAAAUUUAAAAUGUGGCGGUUUAAAACAGGACGUUACAAGGUAUCUAAUAUCACAAUAUCAUUAUGAUAAUAAAAUAGAGUACGAAUGUAAUACAUUUAAUUUAAAUUGUAUACUACAUUAUAUUUAUACUAUAAAGUUAAUUUACCCGCUAUCGAUAAUAUUAAUUUUUCAUUUUUCAUUGGAAUGUUUUGUGUUGGUCACACUAUCUAAUUGGGACGCUCGAACAGCUGACUUGUAUUUGGUAUGUGUAAGUCUUUGCUUGUAUAAUCAUAUCUGUUAGUACAUUUGUUUUUAAUUCUCUUGUUUAAGUUUAAAUACGUCUCAUUCGAUACUGAUAUAUUUAUAUUACAAUAAAAUGGAUAAAAUACCGUGAGUAUACUGUUUAUUUAUAAUAAUGCGUACAGAGGUAAAAUUAAUGUAGCUAAUAAUUUAUUUUGAUAAUUAUUAUUACAUAUUCAUGAUUGACAAUCAAUAUUUCAGGAAACUAUGUACCUCUAGGGUACAUAGAAGCACCGAAACAAAUAAUGACUAUUACACUCAUCUGGUCAAUAGAAUAAUCAAAGAAAGAUCAACAUAUUCUCAGUUCUAUCGAGAUAUCAACAUAAGUGAAAAACUAGCCAAUAAGUACAACGAAAAGGGCAUUUUGUACUUUAAGAGGUGUAAACAUAAACGAGCCAUAAUAUGCUUUCAAAAAGGCCUGAUGUUGGAUUUUAAAAAUAAUCAGCUACGUGCUAGCCUGUGGAACAAUUUGUCUGCUGUAAACUAUUUGUUACAAAACUAUAAGUACAUCGACAAAAUUAUAACCCAAUUCAUAGAUAAACAUUAUUUUUAAUUUCUACAUUUCUCUACUAUUAGAUCGAGUUUGGCAACUGCUGAGAGAGCCCUUAAAUUAAUGCCAGGAUUUGAAACAGCGAUUUUAACAGGUAUCAACAGUUGCAUUCUCAGGAAAGAGUUUAAUAAAUCAUCAUAUUAUUGUGAUAUUUAUUUGGGAAAUCUUUCGGAGGCUGAGGUAUGAUAAAUUUUUUAUUGAUAAUUCUAUAUAAUUCUAUAUAUAUAUCUCAAUAUUAAUGUCGUUUAAUUUUGCAUAAUUAGAAAAUUAAGAUGGAAAAAUCUUUAGUUAUGAAUAUUGAGGAGCAAAGAAUACUAAAAGAAAUACAUAAAAGAAAAUUGCGUGUAGUCGGUCAAAAAGGUAAUUUUAUAUUACAAUAUUUUUUAAUGAUUUUUUUUUUUUAAAUGUGUCUGUUUAUAAAUUAGUUGGUUACAAAAUCGGAAACAUAAACAUGUUUGAUACUGAUGACCCAGAUUUAAUUCCACGAGUACGUUUAACAGAAAAUCAACGACUCGUAUGGUCAAUUCUUUUUUAUUUGCCGGAGCCUAAUACAACCAUUAUUGUACCAAAUUGUCACGAAGAUACUACGUUAGUAUAUAUUUAUUUGCAUCUGAAUACUUUCAAGUGUUUUGUUAUUUUUUUAAUAUUAUUUCAUAAUUUUUGUAAGCAUAUUUUUUGUCUUUUUAGGUUCCACAACAUGUUAGUAGACAUAUUUAAUGAAAGAGCACCAUGGGACGACGAAGGUAGAUACACAGCAGACACACUGAAUAUUUAUAAUAAAAUUCCAGUGGACACAACGACCAGUGUUCUAAAAAAAAUACACCCAGAAAACACAUUGUCAAAUGUAUUGACAUUUUUCAGGUAAUCAAAUUGUUUCCUAUGUCUUAAAUAUUUUUUGUUUGUUUUUCACACUCUUCUCAAUGAGCAGCAAUUUCUGUUUCUAUGUUCUUUAAUACUUUGUUGUAGCAAACAAAUAAGCAUUUAUUAGACAUGGAAUUUUACUUUAACAGGCUUACUUAUUCUCAUCGAUUUGCUCGAUACACUCGUUGGAUUUAAAAUAUGUAUAAUUUUUAUUUUUAUUGUUUUUAGGUGUCCGAUUGAAAACGGUUUACCAACGUUUACGAUUCUUAUUUCCGGAGGAAAUUAUGAAAACGAAAAUUUUAUGGAUAUUGUCGAGUAUGUUUUAGAAUUGUUUUAUCAAAAUUUCAAUUGAAUCUAUGACUUAGCAUAGAUUCAAAGAAUACAAUUAUGUUGUAACUUAAUUUCAAAUCGUACAUUUGAUAUGAGUAAUAUGAAUAUGCCGAUUCUGGCGCAGUCCCUUAAUUCUCAUUUUAAAAACUAAUUUCUGAUCUCUAUUUACAUUGUGUUUAUUUCCAGUUCUUCGUUUACAUGCAUAAAAUAAAAAUAAUAUUUAAAAAAAUAAAUUAAAAAUAAUAGUUAAAACAAAUGUAACAUUAACAUUGUACUAGGAACAGCUCUCUUUAACAAAAAUAAAUAAUAUAAUAUGCUAUGCAUCGCGCAUGAAAUAGAUUAUUUUUAAAAAAUAAUUUAUAUUGAAAUCAUCAUUAUUUUUUAUUAUUUGUUUUUAUUAAAUUAUCAAGGUAUUUUCUACUUUUGUUGAAUAAUGUCACCAAGCUAAAGUUUUUAAACCAUUUUCUAGAAUAUAUCUUUUAUCAUCAUAUGCACUAAGAGCAUUUUUGUUUUGUUCAACGGUAUACAUUACAUGUUUAUCUGUUCCAAAAGCGUUCUGUUUUACAAAAAUUGGAUAUUUAAUUUUUAAACAUUUAAAAAAAUCGUUAAAACAUAAUUCAGAAUUAGCUAUAAUUUUUUUCACACCUUUUGUUUUUUUAAUUUCAUUUUUUUUUUCAAAUACUUAAAAUGAAUAUAAUUUAGAUCUUCACCCAAUAAAUUCAGUCAUUAUUUGAUCAUUAUGCUCAUCUUUAAAUUUACCUGGAACUUUUUUAUUUAUUUGGGGUAUUCCAUAAUUUUUUUAUUCUCAAGAUAAUAUGAAAAAUCAAAUUCAUUUAAAAGUUGUUUAUUGUUUUUAUAUAUCUGUAUAAAAAUCAUCAGUUGUAAUUUCUACUAUUAAAGUUUCUGUGUCUAUGUAUAAUAAUCUGAUAUUUUUUUUCAAUACAUUAUAAUAAAAAUCAUACAUACGAAGUUUAGAUAAUUCUAAAAUACACAUUCCUCAAUAAAUUGAUUGUUUUAAUUCAACCACUGUUUUAUUCAAUUAUACAGCUACUCUGUUGUCUUUGAAAAUAUUUGCUCGAUCAACAUUUGGUUUAACAACCCAUUUAUCUAAGUUUUUUUCAUCGUUAAUUAAUUUUAUAUCUUUAUGAAUCCCUGUGUUCAUCAUAGUCCUACCAAAUACAUUGUUGUUCAUCAAUUUAUAAUAAACUUUUUUAAAUUCAUUAUCUGUUUUUGCCCGAAGAUUUGUGUUAAAUUCUUUAUAUGUAUCAAUUUUGGGUAGCAUACUUUCUAAAUCAGUAUAAAUGAGAAAAGGAGCUUUAUAAGAUUUAUUGUAUAUUUCAAAUUGAAGAAUACUUUCUGAUCUAAAGCCUGUAUUUAUUUUCUCGUUUGAUGGAAUUUCAUUGAUAUAAUUAAAAUUUACUAAAAUAGAUAUUUUAAAAUUACAUUUCUCUUUUAAAAAUUCUUACAUUUUUUUCUCAACAAACUUUUUUGAAUAAUUCAAAAAUUAAUUGAUAACUUUAAAUUGUCCCAUAUUUUCAACAAUUAAUGAUAAUAUUCUUCCUUUAAAAUCAUUUUUUUUAUUUGGUCUUUUCUCAAUAAUAUCUUUAGAAAGUUUGCAGAAAACCUUGUGAGGUUUAAUUGUUCUCUCUUUUCUAAGUGUUGGGAUACUAUUUUUAUUUCUCUGAUUAGCUUUUUCAUGAAAUCUAGUUUCAAUAAUUCUAUUUGGAUCAUUUCUUUGAUGUUUUAAUCAUCUUAAAUGUCUAGAACAAUUUUUAUAUGCAGUUGUUAUGCCACACAUGUUACAUGUCUAUUUAAAGCUGUUCUAACAAUAAUAUUUUCUUACAUUUUAUUAUAGGUUAUAUUUUUUUUAAAUAAUAAUCUUGUUUAAAAUAUACAGUUUAAUUAUUGUUAGGUGUUACAUAAUAUUUCUAAAGAGAUUUAACUCGAACAUAUGAAAUAUCUCCAUGUUUACAAGUUUACAAAUCUUAAUUUGUAACUUUUUUUUUUUAAUUUUAAUAUUUCAUUACAAUUGCUUUUUCUUACACAUCUAAAUUUGGUUUUCUGUAAUUCUUGAUUAUAGAAACUUCAUUCAAUAAUUUCAUUAUUUAAAUCUCUAAUUUUAUAAGUAAUUGGAUUUUUAUUCAAUACUUUUGUAACAAUAAAAAUUUCUUGUGUCCAAUUAGAGUUAUAUUUGUUAUCAAACGUUUUUCUGAACUUUAAACUGUAUUCUCAUUUCACCAUUUAAAGUUCUGUUGAAACGUUCAAUAAUUGCAGAUUUCUCUUCGUUUUGUGUAUGAUAUAAUUGUAUAUUGUGUUUUGUUAACAUUUCUUUACACUGUUUAUUUACAAACUCUGUUUCUUUAUCUGUGUGAAGUAAUGUUGGUGAAUUAUGUUUCUGUAGUUUAGCUCAUUAUAUUAUUUCUUCAAAACCUUUAGUUACAUUUGUUUCAUCUUUUUUCUUAAGAGAUUCAGAACAAGCAAAUUUUGAAAAAGUAUCUAUAACAUUGAACAUAUAAAAAUAACCUGAAUUUCUAUCACCAUAAUUUCUCAUUAAAAUUAAAUCUGCAGCCCACAAAUCAUCAAUACCGUGUGUUUUUAUUUUCCUUUUUAGGAAUUGAGAUCUUACUGGUUUAUAAAGUUGCUUUGCAAUACUUAGUUUAUCUUGUUCUGUUAUUUUAUCAAAUUUUUAGUUUUAAUAAAUUUAGUUUUGUUUGUUGUACAUUUUAAACAAUGUAUUGAAAUUCUCUAUAGAACAUUUGUUAUUUGAACCUUGAUUGGUUUGAAAUUUUUAGUUUUCUUUUUGCAUUUGUGACAGUUUGUUGGUUCUAAAAAUUCUAUGUCCAUAUUUGUUAACAUAAUAAAUUAAUUUUUCUUUCUUAAUAGAAUAUUUCAAUGUUUUAUAUUGUGAUCGAAUAACAUGAUCAUCACCUUUUUUAAAAAUAUUUUCCAUUUAUUAUAGAAAAGAUAAAAAAAAAUAAAAAGUUUUUGUUUUAUAAUAAAGAAAUAUGAAUAUUUUUUUUUAAUCAGAAAUAUGAUUAAAAAAUGAUUUAGAUAUAUAAUUUAGGUAUAUUUUUUAUAAUUUUUAAUAAAAUCCAAACACAAAUAUCCACAAAUAGGCGGAUCAUUAUAGGCUUGAAAUCUUCUAUAUGUUAUCUUAAAAUUAUUUUCUCCUAAAUAUUUUACUUAUUCUUUUGGUAGAUUAGCAUUACCAUAUGAAUCAAAAUAAAUUUUUAAAUUUUCAUGUUUUAUCCAUGCAACUAUUUUCUUACUAUGUGCAGAUUUAAUUUUUUUCAAUUUUGCAUCGUUUUAACUAAGAUUCAUUUAUUAUACAAAAUAUUAUUUUUUUUUAUUUAAAUAAGACCCAUUCCUAAUUUUCCUUUUACUUUCAUUAUAUUACUAUUUUACAAAAGCUGCUGUUUUUUCACCUAAAGAUGUUUCAGGAUUUUUGUAUAUAUCUUUUGCAAUAUUUUCUAAAAUCAAAUCAGCUCUAUGUCUAGAUUUGGUAUCUUUAUGUUUUUCAUAGUAAAAAUCAUGUUCUAUCACAGUUUAAUCUAGUUUGUUUAUUGGUUUCUUAGAUUUUGUAAACGGUCCAAAGUGACUAUAACCAGGCCAAUGAAUUUCAGGCAUAAAUUUACUAUUCAGGAAAUUAUUAACAAGUCCAGAUCCAGUGAUCACUUUCUUUGGUAAUCUUGCAAUAAAAGUAAUGAGAUAUUCUAUACCAUGGGGUGUAUCAACUAAUUUUUCCAUUUCUUUACUUACAACAUUUAUAAUACUUAAUUUUUCAUUGUGGAAAUUAUUAUUACCAGCUCCUUCUUCUGCAGCAAUAAAACAUAAUCUUUUUAACAAUUCGUUUAAAUUAUCAAUGUAUUAAUAUUGAAUUGGGUUUUCUAUAUAAUUUGUUAAACCAGAUCCUCCAUGCAAAGUUUGUAAUUUUUUAUUUUCAUUAAUUUUAUUUCAAAUAGGACGGAUAAGAUUCAUGUAUUUAUCCCCUUUACUUGAUUUUACUUUAUUUUGUUAUUUUUAUUAUAAUUUUGAUAUAAUGAUUUUGUUUCUAUUAAUAUCUUUUCAUAAUUCAUUUUAAUAUCAUCAUCGGAAUAUGAUGUUUUAUCUAUAUAUUUAUUAUAUGUUAAUAAUCUCCAUAAUNAUUUGAUUUUACUAGAAAUCUUCUAGAUGUUAUUUUAAGAUUAUUUUCUCCUAAAUAUUUUACCAAAUCUUUUGGUGGAUUAGCAUUACUAUAAGAAUCAAAAUUAAAUUUUUUGUUGUUUGUUAAUAAAAUGUGAUGUUUUUGUUAACCGUUUUCACAGGAAAUAAAAAUGAUUUAAUGUCAUCGUCAGUUUUUCUAACAGCCUCUUCAACAUAUUUUAAUCCCUUGGUAAUAGGUUCAAAUGAUUUUAUUUUUCUAUUUCAUCAUUUAGUUUUUUCUCCGCUUCAUUUCUAUAUAUUUUUUAUAAUUUUUUUUUUUUAAGGCAAUUUUUUUCAAGAUUAAAUGUUUCAUUAAUCUCUGCUUCUGUUGGUUCUUUUUUAUCUUCGAAAUGUACUGUUUUUUUUUUAUUUUAUUAGAUUUUUUUAAGUUUAAUUUUUAACUUUUAAUUUUUUUCUUAAGAUUGUUCUUAAGAAUUUGUUCAAGUAUUCUCAUUUAUUAUAGAAAAAUACAUUUUCAUUAACUGAUAUUUGUAGUUCAAUAUUUAACGAUUAACAAUUAACAUUCAAUAAUUAACGAUUAACAGUCAAUUUUUAGUGUUCGCAUAAAAAUUGAUCUAAUUUAUUAUAGAGAUGAUUAUUUGUUAUAUCCAUUGAUAAGAAUCCAAAUGGUUUAUUUCAACAUUUCUUACAAAGUAAAUUAAAUAAACUUAAUUUAUUAUCACUUAUAAAAUCCUCCCAUAUUUUUUUAAUUUAAUGGUCAGACUGUUUAAAAAUAAUUACAAAAUUUAAAUUGUUUCUUAUAAUUUUUAAAUCCACAGCAGUAUAAAUUUGUGUUAAAUAAAUAAAACAUAUAUUUUUAUGUCGACCUGUUAUAAAAUAUUGUUUCAUUAUUGAUUGUUUUUCUAAAACACAAUCAUCAAAAAUAAUUUAACUAUUCGGUUUUACAAUCAUCAACAGAAACUAUACCUUCAUUAGAAAUAACUGUUUCGAUUUCAUUUAUAUCAUUAAAUACUUCUUCUAAUUUCUCAUAAAUCGGUUAAUCAAUGGUUUUUGUAAAAUCAUAAAGAUUUUCAAAAUGAAUCCGAAAAUUUGUUAUAAUAUUCGACAAUACAUUUGUUUUUCCAGAACCUAAACAUCCUAGAAUUAAACAAUAUAAAGGUAUAGGAAAUAUACAUUCAUCAUUAUCUUUUGUUUCCUGAUGUGGAAAUGGUUCGAUAUUUUUAUAUUUAUCUAAAAUUUUCUCAAGUUUAUUAUGCUCUUUUGGCAUAUUUAUUUUUUUAAGAAAAAAUUAUAAAGAUUAAAAUCUUUAAAAUUAUAAUUUAUUAAAUCCAUAAAUUUUAAACGUAUUAAUAACCAAUUAGUUCAGCUUGUUUCAAAUAUUUUUCUCCGAGAAAAAAUUGUAUAUUUUCUAAAAAAUCUUUUUCUCUUAUAUUCAUCUCUUCUUCAGUGAUUUUUCGAGCUUUAAACAACAAGAGUAUUUGAUUGUACAAUUUAUAAACUAUAAAAAAUUCUGAUAUUAUUUCGUUUUAAUUAUUAUUUUUCUCAAAGAGAUUAAGAAUUACAUUUACAAGACACAGUAAUGCUAAUAUUGUAUUAUAAAUAAAUCCUAAUAAUCCAGUUGUAGUUGAAAACAACAUUAAAAUAAGUCAUACAUAAACUAAGGUUAUUAUAGAAAUUAUAACUUUUGCGAUAUACAUAAAUUCUAUUUUCUAAAUAUUCAUUCAUCUGUUUAUUAAAUUAAGACAAACAAUAAAUUCUGUAAAUUUAUUAAAUUAAUUCAAUUCUAAGUCAAAAAUAUUUAAUUAAGUGUAUUGAAAUUUUUUUUUUUGAUUUAUGUGUAUAUAAGUUAUAGUUGGUGGUUUAUGAUCAAAUUAUCUUGUGGGUUAUUAAAAAUAAAUAAAAGAUUUUCUUCAUAGUGAAUAUUAACGUUUUCUUUGUGAUUGGAUAUGGAUUUUUCUACUAUAUUACAAUGUAAUUCUAAAGGAAUAUUAGAUUGUUUACUUGCCGGAUAAAUUCCAAUUUUUGAAAAAUUAUCAAACUUAAUCCGUAGAUUAUCACAACAUUACCUUCAACUUUUAAUAAACAAUCUGUUUCAAUAUUUAUUAAAUUUGAAGUCAUAAUUAAACCUAAAACACCAAUAAAUAAAUUAUGUCCAAAUAUAGGAUUUUCUAACCUUAUAAAUCCGUUUUUUUAUUUUUAUUAUUCUCGUAAAUGCGUACUAGAAAGAAUAUAUUAUAGAAUACAGAUAAAAUAUAGUUUAACUAUUCAAAUUCAAUCAAAUAAAAUAUUUAAUUGUUAUUAAGUUGUUUUAACCAAAAAGAUUUGCUCUUGUGUGUUUUUAUUGAUUGUUUUAAUUUCUCUAUGAGAAAAAUUAUUUAAAAAUCUAUCAGGUAAAAAUUAUUUAAAUUUAUCAUUUAAAAUAACACUUAAUUUGUCACCAUAUCUUGUUUUAUCAAUACUAAAAUAUUUGCAUAAAUAUUUCUGAUCAGUUUCUAAAUCACUUAAUUUAAUGAACUUAUAAUUAAAGGUGACGCUAUUUAAUUUAAUUUUAAAGUUAUCCAUUAAUUAAAGAAAAUAUUUUUUUUUAACUAAGUUUCAAAAUUUUUUUAAAACGAUAAAAAUUCGAAUUAAAAAUAUGGACAAAAUUUGCAAUAGUUUCCCAAUCCAAUCACAUAUACAAUGUAAAUAAAGAUCAGAAAUUAGUUUUUAAAGUGAGAAUUAAGAGACUGCGCCAGAACCAGCAGUAUAUUCAUACUACUGAUGUGUAUUUAUUACAAUAUUAUAUUAAAACCGUUUUAUAAUACAUAUGUAUAAUUCAAUAUUUUUUCAGGUAAUCAUAUUGCAGUGUGUAUGUGAGCUAAGUUAGAUUUGAUGUGACAUCGAUAUUGACAAAUUGAAAAUAUACAUUAAAUAUAAGUAUGCAUGUAUGAGACACACUUAUAAAUCAUAUUUUUAGUCAAUCAGAAAAUUAUAAUUUUUGUAAAUAUAUUUUAAGAAACAUGUAUAAAAUGUAAAGAGUAUUAAAUUAAAUUAUGUAAAUAUUACAUUUAUAUACAUCUGAAUUAUAUAAUUUAGGGAUAUACAUCUGAUGCAUUUAAUGAUAUUGUGAGUUAAGAAAACUCGGUAUUCUGGACUAAUGUAAUUGAUGUUAUCUGUAUUUUAAAUGAUAUUCUUUUUAUUUCGGUUUUUAAUAUAAAAGUGUAUUUUGUAAAUGGUUCUUAGGUUAUAACCAUUAAUUAUAGCUAUUUUUUUCAUUGUGUUUAAUUCUUGAAUCUAGUCAUUAUUAUUUAUAUUGAGAUAUUAUCUAGUCUGUGCAGUAUUCAUUUAAAAUAUGCUAAUUUUUGUAAAUAAGGAUGAUUAGAUUUAUUAGAUAUUAUAGCAUAAGUUUGUGUAGGUUUUAUAUUAUUAUUAAUUUUAAAUCUAUUAUUGAUUAUUUUCAUGUUUAGGUCUAAAAAUUAAAAUUGACCAUCGGUUUGUAAUUCAAUUGUAAAUUGUAUGUUCUUAUUAAUUUUUUUAAAUGUAUUUACUAUAUUUUGUACUUAUUUUUCUGCGUCUUUAAUUAUUAUAAAAUUAUUUUCUACAUACCUAUAUUAUUGUAUAACAUUGAGAUUUUUGAUAAUGUAUGAAUAUUUCUGACAUAAUGACACUUAAAGGAUUACCCAUAGUUAAACCUUUAGUUUAUGAAUAUAUUGUAUUAUUAUAAAAUAUAAUUGUAUGGUUUCAUUUAUUACUUAAGUUUUUAUUUUGUAAAUGGUAGUUAAAUUUUCUUUUAAACUUAACUUUGUAUU